CGUUGUCUCAAAAAGGGUAAAAUUUGUUGAAAAACAGGCUCGCUAGAGUUCAACAUUGGCUCAAAGGGUUUCCGGUCGGGGUGCGCACGAGUUUCAGCGCAGCGCCCGGCCAUUUCUCUAGUUUUGUUAGUGCUGCUGACAAGUACGUUUUAGUUUGCAGUUCCCCCUCGUAACUAAUAUUCGUUAGGACAGAAAAUUUACCAGAUCUCUUUGGACAUUUUAAACGAAACGUUUAGUUUAAAGUCACGCUAAACCGCGUCGGACGUUCCUAAGAAGAGGUACCAUCCCAAAGGUCAAUGCAGUGGUAAAAGAAUUUACCAAUAUCAAAACAAGCCAAUUGAUUGAACAUAAACUGAAAUGGUGACAGAAAGACCGCUGAGCCCUCAGUACAUCGGGAGGGAGUUCGUUCGGCAGUACUACACCCUUCUGAAUGAAGCGCCAUCCCAUCUUCAUCGGUUUUAUAACAACAAUUCAUCGUUCAUCCAUGGUGGCCUGGAUUCACACAACAGGGAGACUGUAGCUGUGAUAGGCCAGCGUAAUAUUCAUCAGCGGAUCAAACAGCUAAGCUUUCGGGACUGUCACACGAAAAUCACUCAAGUCGAUUCUCAAGCGACUCUUGGCGAUGGUGUUGUCGUUCAAGUUUCGGGCGAGAUCUCCAACGAUGGCCUACCGAUGAGGAGAUUCAAUCAGACGUUUGUGCUAGCACCGCAGACCCCCAAGAAAUACUAUGUCCAUAACGACAUAUUUCGCUACCAGGAUAUGCUUACGGAUGAGGAAAUUGAAGGUGACAUUGCUAGGUCGGAAGUGGAUAACGAUCAAGAAACUGAAGGACAGCAGAAUGAUAUUCAUCAACCUGAAGCACCACAAGGACCUGCAGUUGGAUACUACUCGGCCGGAAUGAAUCAAGUCGUCAACGGAACAUCUGAGACAAUACACGAAGAACCCACGCCGGCUGUGCCGGUUCCCCAGCCCGAACCUCCGAUUCAGACUCAAAUACUUAUGAACCAGAUGGAAAUGAUGCAGCAACCAGUAACGACCCAAGAACCCGCUCCUCAACCUCAGCCUCUUAACCAGACACCGUACAUCGUUAAUGACAUCCAGCAAAACCAGAUCGAACAGGAGGAACAACAACAGCAGUACCAUAACCAAAUUAACCAACAACCUGCUCCCACUCAACCGCCAAUGGAUACUGGAAAUGAACCUAAGACUUACGCUACACUUGUAAAAUCUGGUGGUGUAAUAGCUAAUUCUGGCCCUGUCUUUUACAAAAAUAAUGCUCCGCUUAUGAUGACAUCCCUUCCGACUACAGUAUCUCCUCCACCGGUCGAUAAUGCAAAAGUUGACACGAGGCAAAACUUUCCUAUGCAUAAUAAACCCCCAGUGCAAAAUGUGGAACAGAGAAAUAACAUGAACAAUGGACCUAGACCACAAAACAGUGACGACAACGGAAAUUAUGGAGGCGCUGACGGAGAUAGACGACGAAGCAACCAAUAUUCUGACAGGAACGCACAGUAUUCGGAUUCACAUCAACUGUUCAUCGGAAAUCUUCCUGCUGGACAAUCUGAGGAGCAAUUUAAGGUCUUUUUCGCAAGGAACUUUGGCCCGGUUGUGAACGUUAAAAUUUUGCAGAAGAAUAAUAAAAAAGAUUACGGAUUCGUAACAUUUGAAGAUGCCAGUACUGUACAGGCCGUGUUGAAUGCUAAGCCGAUUAAAUAUCCUGAUGAUAGUGGUGAAGAAAUCAACGUGGAAGAAAAGAAAAGACGUGUUGGCGGCGGAGGCGAAGGCGGCGGCGGCAGAGGCGGGCCAAGAGGAGGCGGCGGAGUGAUGAGGCCUGUGAUGGGCGGUGGAAACGGUCAGAGGGCAGGCGGUCCACCCGGUCGAGGAAUGCGUCCAUUUAAUUCCAACAGGCGCUAAAUUUUGAAUUAGUGACAGAUUUAAUCUUUAAAAAAAGCAAAAAAAAAAUUGUUUUCCAUUUAUCAAACAAAAACACGAGAAAAAAAAAACGAAUUAAGAAAAAAAAGGACUUAUACACUCACCCAGAUCCUGGUGAAAUAGCGGAUCCGAACUGAUUAUUUCAAAUGUAUAUUGUUAAAUUUAGGCAGUGAUUUGUUAUUGUAGAAUAUAAACCAAGCCUUGUUUGUACAAAACAAAAAAAACAUUAAAAAAAGCAUUCAUUGGGGAGGCACAUUAGAACUUUCAUUUAGCUGUAAAUUAUCAUUGCCUUCUUUCUCGAUGAAUUGUCUAAUGUACUACUAAAGGAUAAGAAUAUAUCGAAAACUAAGUCAAUACUGAAAUAUAUUUGAGCGAAAACCGUUUUAA